GCGGGAUUGGGGAAGAGCGACGAGGAUGGGCGUCCCAGCAGCGGGUAGUCGUAUUUAAUGUGUCGUUUGUGGUCGGGCACGGAGUUGUUUAAAAAGUUUUUUGCGGCCAUCCGCUAUGGUUCGCAUUGAAGGGACGGCAGAAGCGAUGGUUGUGCCCCGGCGGACUUCCUUCACGAUCAGCAGCCUCAUCAACGGCGGCGAGGAAGAGGACAACGGACCGGCGACUGCCGCCGCGAUAGUCACCCCACCUCCACCGGCCGCUGAAUCGCCACGGGACUUUAGCAGCCGCCGAAGUACUGGCGCAGCAACGCCGCCUGAUUCAGAAACGAAAUCGACGCCAGCUAGUGCAGCGACACCGGCUUCUCCGAAUAAAACAUCAUCCAGCAACAAAUCGAAAGGAUCGGAUGACAAAAAAUCUGCUUUCGAAAAGCCACCUUUCAGUUACAAUGCCCUCAUUAUGAUGGCUAUCCGGCAAAGCCCGGAGAAAAGACUUACUCUUAAUGGCAUCUAUGAAUUUAUCAUGAAGAACUUUCCUUAUUAUCGCGAAAAUAAACAAGGAUGGCAAAAUUCCAUCCGGCAUAACCUGAGCCUCAACAAGUGUUUCGUCAAAGUGCCACGACACUACGAUGAUCCCGGGAAAGGCAAUUACUGGAUGUUAGAUCCGAGUUCAGAUGAUGUCUUCAUUGGAGGCACAACGGGAAAACUUCGGCGCAGAACAACUGCAGCUUCUAGAAGUCGGCUGGCUUUCAAACGUGCAGGUGCACCUGUUUUUCACACUGGACUCAAUCCUGGUCUGCAUCCACACGACAAGACUACUCUGGGCUGGUCCCUUGCUGGUUACGGUGGUUUUCAUACUCCUGGUGGUUUACUAUCUUUCAAAUAUCCCUAUUCCAGUUUGACAACGAAUAUGGCUGCCAUACAGAGUCCAAAACCUACGGGCUUUAGCGUGGACAGAUUAUUAGGAGCAGAUACUGCAGCCAGCUUCCAUGCGCCGUUAUGGUCCAGUCUUGCUUGUCCUCCAGGUUGCGCUCCUUUGGGUUUAAGUGCUGCCCAAGGUUACUCGGCAAUGCCUGGUUGCGGAUACCUUUUCUCAUCUCUAGUCGGACCUGGGCAAGCCCUUUACGACCUGCAUGCCCUAAGGACAGUGUCUGCUUUGAACUGCCAGACAGGACAAAAUAGGAAUGUCAGUCAAAGUUCUACAGCCACCAGUUCUGAAAGUGCAACAACCAUCUACAAACCCAUACCAAUUAUGUCCAAACAGAGCUAGUGACGAAAUCUUCCGAGUGAACAUAUUCGACAAAUCGUGUAAAAUAUUUUUUUGUAGAUAGUAGUGUAAAUAUAUAAAUACAGAUAUUAUACCUGUGACUAUAGGACAAUCGUUGGUAUCUGCCGAAGAACAAUGAACAAAAUGUGAUCUCAAUUAUAAAACUGUAAACAACACUGUUCUUUUUCCGACUUAAUGCUAUGUUAUGGCGAAAAUAAAUGUUCCACCCAUUCAGCUUGUGUUUAAGAGGUAACUUGAAAUGUUUCUCAACAGUAAGUCAAAUUUUAUACUAUUAUUCUUCAAGAACUUCAAAUUGAACAAACAAUUUAAAGUGAUACGAUUUCAGUUUGUUAAAUCUAAUUUUAAUGAACAUUCUGUUUAACUUCAGUUGCUUUUGAAUACAUAUUUUAUGUGAAAAAUUUUGUGUUAAAUUUAGGUAAUGUGAAGUUAAAUGCACUGCUAAUGUAAGGACUUUUAAUUCAUUCUUAUACCAUGUAUUGUUCCUAUAAAGGGUUCUCAGUUAAAUGUAGUAGUAUAUUUUAGAAAAAUAGUUAAAGUUUGAAACUCUGAAUAGGAAUUAGUUCUUGUCUUCUGUAAAACUAUUGACAUAUCAAUUCUCAUUUGAAACAUAAAGAGAAGUUGGUUAAAAUUGCAUUUAAUUGAUGUCUAACUAUUUAGUAUACUUUAUAAGCAGUCUGUCAGAUUUAUAAAUAUAAUUUUUAAUUCAAUGUAUUAAAUAUAAAUAUAUUUUUGCAGUUAUUUAUUAUUUUAUUAGCAAUACAACCAAAAGUUUUAAAAAAUGGUAAAAUUAUAUUUAUACUAAGCUUAAUCAAUUAGCAGUAACAUUAAACUUUGACAUAUAUUUCUAAACUAUAUUUGUUAAUAUUACCACAGCGAUACAAAAUUCAUUGCGGUUCCAUUGUUAAAAAUAUAAUGCAACAACCUUUUUAUUGUGAAUACAAUGUCUGAGAACCCAGAUUUAAAUAACAAUGUCUUAUAUUAAGAGGGGACGUUUGAGCUUGUUUGCAAAGUUUAUUUUGAUUACUUCACAUAUAUUUGAUUUAUAAAUUAGAAUUUUAGUUACAGAACAUUAUAAGAAACUGAAAAAUAAAAAUUUAAUUUAUUUUACGUCAUAAAAGUUUUCAUAAUCAAAUUUUGAAGAAAAAUUUAGUAUUGUUCCUUUUUUUAAUUAUGGCUAUAAUGUUCCUGCUAUGUGGAUAAAAAAAAAUUUCUUUUAUAUAUAAGUCUGCGCUUUACGAUAAAGAAUGUAUUAAAUCGCACUUUUAUCAUGAUUUUCAGUACUCAAUAAAAUCAUGUUAUUGUAAAAA